AAGUCUUCAAGGAAGUUUGGAUGACCCAUUUCCAUGACCUAUGUUUUUACAGUCGAGAAAAUGUUUCGCAUGCUAUUUUUUUCUCUUUUGCAUGCCACCUUUUUAGAUAUGUUGUAACACAAUUUCGUGUUAUCAGUGAACAAUGACAAUGUUUCCAUUGUCUAAUACAGUAGCAAGAGGAUGCAAAAUGUAACGGAUUUCGGGAAUGUAGUGAAAGUUUUAGAACAAACGAAUGCUUCAGGUACAUUUCCUCGUGAAGGUAGUCACUGUAUGCACUAUUUUCUUCUAUUUUCAACUAGAAUAUAGGCCUAUAUUUUGGAUACAGUGUCUACAACACUGCCCUUUUCAUUCGUAUGGGUUCCAUAAUGUAAGCCAUCAUGAAAAUCCAUACCAUUCCGCUAUCAUGGGGGACAGCAACAACGUACAUUCCGCGUUCUGUUACAUCUCUCUACUGUCAUCGGGAACUCGACAGAACGCGUUUGGAAAUGGUCGACCAAGAGUGAGUCCAAUUCCCUUAUUUCUGUGCCUGUCCUAUUGCAAGGGUUGUACAUCUAUAUCUGUCUGCCUGCUAUGCAGUCGUUGACCAGGUUUUGUUUUUCACUAUGUUUGCCCUUCAACAGGACUCUCCUAGACCAUUUCAACAUGACCCUGGUGGAAAAUCAGCAGAGCCGAGUUUGAAGAAGAUGGAUGGUUUGUUAUUUUAUGUAUUCAGCAACAUUUGUAUCAUCCCUAGGGUAACAAUAAGGGUAUAACAUCAAAAGUGACAUGGCCUUCUCAACCGCAAGUAGCCUAUGACAGUAAUUCCACCGGUUACACUGUUAAAUUUGCUCUAACCCACUGUGUCAUCAGAACUAUGUGUACUGUACUGUUACUGUACACUAUUGUAUGUUAGCCAAUGUUACUUCACAGGGCAACCAGGGCCAUGUGGGCCCUUGGCUUUCUGUGCUGAAGAGGGUCCUCUUCGUUCUGUGGCCCCAGCCGGCCCUGGGGGCCAGUCCCUCUACGCCUCCUUAAGCCACCUGGCCAACAUCAUGCAGCAUAGGGCCCGGAGCCGCAGGAGCAGUCUCACCAGAUACAUCACUGGUCACACUCUGCCUCAGGUAGGUACACACGCAUGGACACACACACACACACACACACACACACACACACACACACACACACACACACACAGAGACAUAGUCCAGGGGAGUCGGUCAAAAGUCCUAAUAGAACAUAAUGGGACAAUUUUCCAUCCCAUGCUUUUGUGAAACAGAAAAACGUGUUUACUUUGUAUUUUCUUUCAGAUUCAAAGUGCUGCAGAGCCAUCAGCAUUUGGACUCAAAUUUCACAAAUGUGCCCAGGUAAGUCAUGUAGAUUCUGUAGAGGAUGGUCUUGCAUUGCUCUUUACUGUUCGGAUAGACUCGAUAUCUAGUAGUGUAUAGGUUUUCCCAAUGAGGCAUGUGUCUCAUGUCCUCAUAUACAGUACAAUGUGCCCUCAUAUACUAUGUAUUCUAUAUGCUCCUUUGGGACACAGGUGGAUGCAGGGACCGAGUUUCCCCAUCUGACGUUCUUCCUGCUCAUCCACAACAUUGGGCCUCCAUGGGGCACCAACCUUUCCCAGCUGGCCAUCAGAGACUCGGUCUCUGGGAUAGCACCCCUGCAGAGUGGGGGGAUGGUGGUGGAGAAAGGCUUCCAGACCUUCACAAUCGACUCACUGUCAGGUACACAAGAGUCAUGAGAAAUUUGUCUCAUCAGUCUGUCCGUCAGUCAGUCUGACAGGAAGGCAGUCAGUCUGUCCGUCAAUCAGUCAGGAAGGCAGUAAGAUCACCAGGGUUGUGUUCAGUAUGCACAAAAUGAGAAAAUAGCCUACAUUUGAAACAGGGAGAUACUGCCUGAACUGAAUAAGAAGCACUGAUUUUCAGUUUGUUUUGCUACGGUGUACGCCACUGAACAUGACCCAGGCUCCAUGCGACAGAACAGAGGCUGUGGCACCUGAACUUAUCCAAUUGGAGUUAUUAUGACCAUUGUUAAAAUUAUUGUAUUAGCUUUUUACUCAAUAUUUCCAACCAUAGUUAAUAUCAUUGUUGUUUUGGUUGUGUUUCUGCAGCAGGAUCUCAGUACGUUGUGACGUAUACUGCCCUCAUCAAGGUUCACAAGAGUGAAAUUCUGGACCUUCCUGCCUUCCUAACCUUCUCCAAUGCUUCACUGGUACCGCAAACACCUUGUCCCUUUUUCGCUUGCUCUGUGUGUAUUGCCAAAGCAGCAACAUUGCUGUACGUAGGCAUUAUUCUAGGGUAAUUUAUACUGUUACUCUCGCUCCACAGAAUGACGUCAAUAUGUUUGGUCCGGUGGUGGCUAAUUUGACACUGAGAGUUAACUCCACGGACAAGGUAACCUUGAAGCCUUCAUUGCUUAGUUUAUCAAUGUGAUGUUGGUUGAUAAUCAUGCUCAAAAUACUGCUGCGUUUACAAUGCUAAACCUUACAUACAUUUCAUCACAGUAAUCAGAUUACAGUAUUGUCCAUGCCCCUGAUAGUAAUUUCUUUCUCUAUUUCAUAUAUUAAGUGAAUAUUGAUGAAUAUGACCUAAUCUCACUAUACACUUUCAGAUUUACCCCAAUCACUGUGUCCAUUUUGCUGGGUUUGUUGGUGGAUUCUUUCUGUCCUUGUUGCUGCUGUCCCUGGGAUUUCUGGCCAUGAACCUGAUAUGUGCCCGAGCCAGGAAAUACUCCCUGGAGCGAAGGGUAAGACGUUGUUAUUAUAACCUCACCACUAUUAGCUAGCCUGAGUCCCAGAUCUGUUUGUGAUGUCCUGCCAACUCCAUUGCUGUGUGACAAUGACAGCAAUGGAGUAGGCAAGACAGCACAAACAGAUAUGGCUGCUUGUUAGCCACACAGCCGUGGCAAAAAACAACAAUGAAACCAAUAAAAAGUGAACAAAUUGACUCUCUUUUGUAUUUCAUUUUAAAGAUUAUUUUAAAGAUUUUUCUCCUCUUGUUCAUUGACUACGAUUUUUUUUGUUCUAUUUGAAAACAGUCCACAGUAAACAGUCCACAGUACAGAGAUUGUUGCUAUUUCUCUUUGUAUGUCUGUCAUUCCCAAAGAAAAAGCGAGGUGAUUCAGACCCUGAGUAUGCAGUAUGCAACAUGAGCGAGACGACCAAAGAAGAGGCGGCAUUCGAGGACAAGAUGGUGGACAUCAUGGUGCUGGAAGACCCUCAGAACAUGUAUCAAGCUCUGGAGAAGUGAGUAUGGAAACGCCAAAAGAAAUAAUGUUUUAUUACUUGUCAUAAGCAUAUAUGAGGUUUUAUUAUGUCUUAAACUCUAGGCUUAGGAACUGUAUUAUGUACACUGAACAAAAAUAUAAAUGCAGCAUGCAACAAUUACAAAGAUUUUACUGAGUUACAGUUCAUAUAAGGAAAUCAGUCAAAAAAAUGUAGGGGCGUGGAUCAGAAAACCAGUCCGUAUCUGGUGUGACCACCAUUUGCCUCAUGCAGCGCGACACAUCUCCUUCGCAUGGAGUUGAUCAGGCUGUUGAUUGUGGCCUGUGGAAUGUUGUCUCACUCCUCUUCAAUGGCUGUGCCGAAGUUGCUGGAUAUUGGUGGGACCUGGAACACGCUGUCGUACACGCCUAUCCAGAGCAUCCCAAACAUGCUCAAUGGGUGACAUGUCUGGUGAGUAUACAGGCCAUGGAAGAACCAUAACCCCACCGCCACCAUGGGGCACUCUGUUCACAACGUUGACAUCAGCAAACCGCUUGCCCACACAACACCAUACACGCUGUCUGCCAUCUGCCUGGUACAGUUGAAACCAGGAUUCAUCCAUGAAGAGCACACUUCUCAAGUGUGUCAUUGGCCAUCGAAGGUAAGCAUUUGCCCACUGAAGUUGGUUACGACGCCGAGCUGCAGUCAGGUCAAGACCCUGGUGAGGACGACGAGCACAAAGAUGAGCUUCCCUGAGACGGUUUCUGACAGUUUGUGCAGAAAUUAUUUGAUUGUGCAAACCCACAGCAGUUUCAUCAGCUGUUUGGGUGGCUGGUCUCAGACGAUCCCGCAGGUGAAGAAGCCGGAUGUGGAGGUCCUGGGCUGGCGUGGUUGCAUGUGGUCUGCGGUUGUGAGGCCAGUUGGACGUACUGCCAAAUUCUCUAAAACGACAUUGGAGGCGGUUUAUGGUAGAGAAAUUAACAUUCAAUUAUCUGGCAACAGCUCUGGUGGACAUUCCAGCAGUCAGCAUGACAAUUGCACGCUACCUCAUAACUUGAGACAUCUGUGGCAUUGUGUUGUGUGACAAAACUGCACAUUUUAGAGUAGUCUUUUAUUGUCCCCAGCACAAGGUGCACCUGUGUAAUGAUCAUGCUGUUUAAUCAGCUUCUUGUUAUGCCACACCUGUCAGGUGGAUGGAUUAUCUUGGCAAAGGAGAAAUGCUCACUAACAGGAAUGUAAACAAAUUUGUGCACAAAAUUUGAGAGAAUUUGGGGCCAACACUUUACCAUUUGCAUUCAUAUUAUUGUUCAGUGUAUUUCUAUUCUGACUAGACUGAAAGGAGCUGUUAUUUGGUCAUUAUGAGAAGUUGCUUUAUAAGGGGGUCAUACGUGCAUAUAAUUAUUGAGGCAUCAUAUUGCAUUCCGUGUUUCCCCUAUAAUUUUGGCAAAGAUAGCGUGGGGCUUGGCCAAUGGCAUGUUUUCUGACCAAACAUUUUAGAGACCCUCCUCAUGGCCGCACAUACUGGCAUUUUUUUUUGCUGUUUAAAGCUAAUUUCCUGCAAUUCUACACAUGUUGCCAUGGGGCGGAGAGAAAAUUGUACAGUUUAAAGCUAGUUUCCUGCAAUUCAAAACAUUUAGUCAUGGGGCUGAGAAAAUAUAAUCAGUUUUAAAGAACAUUUCCUGCAAUUCUAUGCUAUCCGACUGAUUCAAAUAUUAUAAGACAAUCAAUGGGGGCCCCUUGACAUUUUGGGACAUUUUUAUACUCCCUGACUGUCGGGUUUUUAUUCUGGUGGUUGUUAGUUCUCAAAGAUGAUCUUAUUUAAAAAUAUAUAACUCUAUUACCUUUACUACAUACUUUAUGUCUGGUUUUAGUCGUUUAAGUUUAAACUGAAAAUGUUGUACCAUCCGAAAAAGUAUUAUAUUUAGUAAUGGACACGUUUUAGUAAUGGUGGCCCGCCGGUGGUAAAUGAAUAUAAAGGAAACACUGGCAUUAUACCUGUCUGCAUCAACCUUUUACUGCAGUGGGCUAAAUCAGGGUCACUCAGGGUGUUGCUUGGUAGUCUUAAACAAAUCUACUUUGAAACAAAAGAAUAAUCCUAACACACAUGGUUAUGGACUUUUUUAAAAAGAAGACACGUACCAUGAUAUAGAGUUUAAAUGUACUCCAUUUUGAGUUUGCAUCCCAAUAUUACACUUUAUAUACAUCACAGAGGACUGAAUUAUAGCAAAACAGUUUCACAUAGAAACACAGAAUUUUCAAAAAAAUAAAUAUAAUAAUGUUUAUUAUAUAUGAAAUUAUGAAAAAUAUUAACAAUAUUCCACCCAUGAGGCCACUAGAGGACGAUUUGGUCAUUUGACUGCAGUAAACUACGUGUUGAUGAACGAUAAAGUGGAAAAGUCAGAUAAAACUUUAUAACAUAUAUCUGACACCUCACAGCCUGGAGAUGUCCAGCCUGCUGCGAGCCACCUCCAGCCUGGAGAGCAGUCGGGUCCAGAUGUACAAAGAUGUGAUCGCAGCCCUGCUGGCCGCGCUGCGCUCCCAGAACCACAUGUCCCAGCAGGCCGAGCAGCGCCUACUGAGCGUGCUCCACGGCCAGCUGAUGGGCAUGGAGGGCAAGCUGAAGGAGGAGCACAUGGCACGCAUGGCAACCCUGGCUGCCCAGUGUAACCUGGAGACCCGGGAGCAGAUGGAGGCGGCGCAUCGCAGGGAGGCCCAGGAGAAGGCCCGGGCAGAGGUGCUGUUUCAACACUCUGACCAACAGGUACUGUAGUGGCUAUUAUCAAUCAAAUACCACUGGCAGAGGUAGAGAGCAAUGUGGUUAAACAGGCCAUAAAUGGAGCCUACGGGCACAGAUGGAGUUACAACUCCAGCCCUGUGCUUAAACAUCUGAUUUAGCUCAUUAUGGUCAAGACUAUGGUUAGGUGAUUAUUUGAAGCAGGUGUAUUUGUGGUGGGCUGGAGCAAAAGCCUGCACAACCAGUAGCUCUCCAUGGCACUGGAUAGGCUAACUCAAGUGCCCUUCAAGUAUUUCACACUUAUAUUUGACACAGGUCUGGUUGAUUCUGGUUGAUUCUCCAGGAGCUCCUCCAAUGCAGUGUCCUCCUGGAGAAGCUCCACAAGCUGAACCAGAGUCAGCUCCAGCGCACCCUGCUGGUGAGACACGAGGAGGCCUCUGCCAAGGUCCAAAGGCAGAUAGUGGAGUGGAGGAGAGUGGAGUUGCACAAGAUCUUCUCAGAAGAGCUGGAGGAAGCCACCAGGAUGGGCGAGCUGGAGAAGACCGAGGCCAGGAGUCUCCUGCAUGACUACUUUGCCUAUCAGGUGAGCUAGUGAAAAUGGUCCCGUUCAGUAGGAACAGAAAGGAGGAAACACUUUGAAACAGACAGCGUAAAUGUUCAGGUAUGAGCUACCUCAGCAAUAGUUUUCAGCAAUGUUUCGCUGUGUGUAUCCCUGAAAGUUGUUUUGGGCUAAAUGGGAAAGUCAAGGGGAAAUACUGUGAUAAGGGAAAACUAGUUGUGCCUCUCAUUUCUUCUCAUCUCAUCUAAUCUCUUCUCAUUUGAUGUCCUCUCAUCUUCACAUAUCUUGUCUCAUACUAUCUCAUAUAAUUUAUUCUCAUCUCUUACCAUCUCUUCUCUUCUCAUCUUAUCUCAUUGACAUUGACAUUUUAGUCAUUUAGCAGACGCUAUUAUCCAGAGCGAUUUACAGUUGUGGUCCUCUGUAGCUCAGCUGGUAGAGCACGGCGCUUGUAACGCCAAGGUAGUGGGUUCGAUCCCCGGGACCACCCAUACACCAAAAAAAAAAAAAAAAAUGUAUGCACGCAUGACUGUAAGUCGCUUUGGAUAAAAGCGUCUGCUAAAUGGCAUAUUAUAUAUUAUUAUUAUAUUAUACAGUUAGUACAUUCAUCUUAAGAUAGCUAGGUGAGACAACCACAUAUCACAUAUCUCAUUGCAUGUCUUCUCAAUUCAUCUUAUCUCAUCUCAUUUUAUUUGAUCUCAUCACAUCUCAUCUCUCUAGAAUCAGCUGGAGGAGGUGCUGGAUGUGGUCCUGGCCAACCAACGUUGCAUGCUGGGAGAGCGCCACGCCCAGAGGAGGUUCCUGGUGCACAGCCUCCACAGCCUGAAGGGCCUCAUCUCUGAGACCUUCUCCAGGACCUCCAGCCAGAUAGAGAACUGCUUCAACCAGCACAGGAGGUUGGUUUGUGCUAUGACUCUCUACAUGUGUUAUACUGUAUGUCAGAUUUUAUAGCAUCUGUUGUCUUCUACCUACCUGUCCUUAAGCCAUUGUAGACUACUAAGGGGUUCGGGAAACUUGGGAAACGUAAAUGUAUCCCUGGUCUAAAUCUUUCAUUCUAGAUGUAGCCUACAUUCCUAAAAUGCAACCUUGCCUGUAUUCCACCAGGGGGAGCGAUGUGUCUGAAGAGCAGGUGGAUCUGCUGCUAGACAAGGCCCAGAAGGAACUGGUGCUGCUGAAGCAGGGCCUGGACGAGGCUCUGAACCGGGAGAGGAGGGCCAUGCACUGUGGCCUGGUCAAGAAGAGGAGGGACCUCAUCUCCGACAUGGUGAGAUGAUUGACAGUUCGUCGUUUAACACAAACUUCACAGUGUUGCUCUCAGGCAAUACAUUUGCCUAUCUUCAUUAGAUAAAUAAUGAAUUUGCACUUUUUCCUCUACUGUGAGAAAUAUUCCCAAAUAAGCUCAUAUUUUUUCAAGAAAAUAUCUCAAUCAAUUCCCAACAUCUGUGCAUUUACUAAUCACAUAAAGUUGGAAUUAUUCUGGGUAAGGGAGAAACCACAAAUAUUACUGCCAGAUAUGUAUACAAUUGCCAUAGCCUGAGGGACAACCCAUGAGUAUUUACAUUGUAUAUAACUUACAAGUAAUACAAAGUGUAACCAUCAUCCAUGUACAUUUUGUUGUUUAGUGACCAUUCUUUCUUUGUCUUUUUUAUAAUUGUAUUUUUAUUUAAUAAAUGUAUCGACCAAAGAUUACACAAUACAACAGCAGUAGUGUUGUACCUGUAUACAUGAUUAUAUGUACUAUAAUUAUUACUACUGAAAUUAACUGUAUUCAUUAUCCUCAUUGCAUUGUACUGUAUUUGCUCAAAUGCUGUACCGCUAUACUGUUUUGGCAAUAUCUACAAAUUGUAUUUCAUGCCAAUAAAGCAAUCUGAAUUUGAAUUUAAAUAGGUAACAGCUAGGUUUUGCUGUGUUCAGCAGGGCACACCAUAGUGGAAUAUUCAGAUGAACAUAUAUUGAACGAACAUCAGCUCUGUUCAUUACAUUUCUAGGUGCCAGGGGUCGAUUUUGGGGUUUUCAACCUUGCCUUUUUCUCUUCAUCCAGCUGCAGGGCCACAAGCAGAGGCAGAAGGAGCUGUCGAUCCUGUCCCGAGGGGGCCUGGAGGAGGACAGGGUGGAGGUGGAGCCGGCCCAGCACCUCUGCUGCUGGCAGAGCCUGCUGACCGCCCAGUGCCUGGAGCUUGGAGAGCUCAUCAACAACUUGGACGAGGAGGCCGCUGCAGACAUCCGUAAGGUAACCCAAAUAACACCCGCCUCUCUCUUUAUAUACAACUGUUAGAUUAGGUAACUGGUAGCUAUAACUUGCACAACAUAUGUUGCCGAUUUCGAAUCGCUAGCUAGUUAGCAGUGCGCUAGUAGCAUCCAUCGUGCAAGUGAUAGCACUCGCUCUAAGACUUAAAGUAGUUGUUUCCCUUGCUCUGCCAGGGCCAUGGCUUUUGUGGAGCAAUAGGUAACGCUGAUUUGUGAGUGCAAAGUGUUGGUCUGCAGAAGGUCCCCAGUUCGAGACCAUUGACAGACAGGAAAAGGACUUACUUUGUUAUAAGUACACAACAUAGCUGUUUUUGAAAAAGUUAUUGUUAGACAGCAAAUUAACAUCAUACAUGACUAUACAUACAUAGUUACAUGGAUUGUUAACUAACCAAACAGGCAGUGUCACUUUCCCUGACUUUCUGUUGACUGGAGAUUCACCUUUGACCUCCCCCUCCCCCCAGGUCACCAUGCGUGUGAUCCAUAGCGCCAUGGCGGAGGUGAAGGCCAUCCAGCCCGCUGUCACGCAGGCUCUGCUGGCCCUGGGGAACCCCCGUGGCCCCCUCCAGCAGCCCGAAUCGGGGCCCCCCACAAGGGCCAGCAGCAGCAGCGCCCUGUCCCAGGCCCAGGAGAGGCUCCAUCUGGAGGGCAAGGCGGCAGUGAGGACCCUCCAGGCCUCCAGGGACUCCCUGCACCAGGGCAUGGUGAGGGAGCUGCAGGAGCAGCAGGAGCUGAGGGCCAGGGGAUGGGUCUUCUUCAGGUCAGCAGAUAUUUAUUUUCCAAUCACCUUUUCAGGUCAGUCCCUUGUGCUACAGAGAAGAUGGUCAUGUUGCUACACAUUUCAGAUAACUUGUGAAAGGGGGUAAAAAAUAUACCGCUAAGGUAUCAUAAUGCAAAUAUUAGCACUAUGAGCUAAGUGUGUGUGUGUGUGUGUGUGUGUGUGUGUGUGUGUGUGUGUGUGUGUGUGUGUGUGUGUGUGUGUGUGUGUGUGUGUGUGUGUGUGUGCAUGUGUGUUUGACCAUCCAUCUGUGUGUGUGUUUGCUUGUAUUUUCUAUCCUUCCAGGUCUCUGUGCUCUUCCCAGCUCACCUUAUCAGACGAGGAGCUCCUGCACAUGAAGCUGGAGUUCCAGAACUGUCUGUCCAGGAUGGACCACUGCCUGAUGCUGCCCCACGCUCUCUCCCGCUCCAAACUGCAGACCGCCCUGUCCACAUGGCGGAAGGAGAUGGAGGAGCAGGAUGAACAUCCACAGCCAGAGGUAGGCGGAGUAUCUGAAACAUACAGUUUGUUGUGCCAAAAUGAUUAUACCGCCCUCUGCUGGCUCCUUACCUGUAACAUACUGUAACAUACAGUUGACAAAGAUAACUUGGACAUGUUGCAUUAUAUAUAUCACAAAGAAGUCAGCACUAACUUAUUACAAGUUCUUCUUUUAAAACUGAAAUAAUAAAGUUGUACUCAAAAAUGAAUGACCCCGGAGGUGGGAGUUGGAGGAAGCAAAACAAGUGAUUCCCUUUGACAAACACAUUAAUUGACUUGAAAUAGAUUUUGGGGUUGCCAAUAAAUUAUACAUCAACAAGAAGUGCAUUUGAAUCCCGGCGGAUAACAACACAUGAAUAGUGUUGGAAACCCAUACCUAGGAGCAAGAGCACUAGGUCUGGGGGGAAUGUCGGAUUCUCUUGGACAUUUGGAAAGGAAAAAAGAAAGUGUUCCACGGAGGGUACUCUUCAGACAGACAACUCUCCCAACAAAUCACAAGUUUGGGUAGGCAGGGCUUAAAAUGCGGGCAGGAACUGUGCUUAUGUUUAGUGAGGCAAAAAGCGUAUAUGGCAGUGAAGUCCCAACUGAGGCCAGAACUUCUACAGACAUGUAAGCUGGAGCAUUGGCACACUGUGGGAGGCAACCCGUCUUGUCUAGAGAGACUAACGCAUGAAAGUAUUGACAAAAACACCUAGGCUACAGUGAGGGAAAAAAGUAUUUGAUCCCCUGCUCAUUUUGUACGUUUGCCCACUGACAAAGAAAUGAUCAGUCUAUAAUUUUAAUGGUAGGUUUAUUUGAACAGUGAGAGACAGAAUAACAACAUAGAAAUCCAGAAAAACGCAUGUCAAAAAUGUUAUAAAUUGAUUUGCAUUUUAAUGAGGGAAAUAAGUAUUUGACCCCCUCUCAAUCAGAAAGAUUUCUGGCUCCCAGGUGUCUUUUAUACAGGUAACGAGCUGAGAUUAGGAGCACACUCUUAAAGGGAGUGCUCCUAAUCUCAGUUUGUUACCUGUAUAAAAGACACCUGUCCACAGAAGCAAUCAAUCAAUCCGAUUCCAAACUCUCCACCAUGGCCAAGACCAAAGAGCUCUCCAAGGAUGUCAGGGACAAGAUUGUAGACCUACACAAGGCUGGAAUGGGCUACAAGACCAUUGCCAAGCAGCUUGAUGAGAAGGUGACAACAGUUGGUGCGAUUAUUCGCAAAUGGAAGAAACACAAAAGAACUGUCAAUCUCCCUCGGCCUGGGGCUCCAUGCAAGAUCUCACCUCGUGGAGUUGCAAUGAUCAUGAGAACGGUGAGGAAUCAGCCCAGAACUACACGGGAGGAUCUUGUCAAUGAUCUCAAGGCAGCUGGGACCAUAGUCACCAAGAAAAGAAAGUGAAAGUGUUGUGGUCAGAUGAGACCAAAAUCGAGCUCUUUGGCAUCAACUCAACUCGCCGUGUUUGGAGGAGGAGGAAUGUUGCCUAUGACCCCAAGAACACCAUCCCCACCGUCAAACAUGGAGGUGGAAACAUUAUGCUUUGGGGGUGUUUUUCUGCUAAGGGGACAGGACAAAUUUACCGCAUCAAAGGUACGAUGGACGGGGCCAUAUACCGUCAAAUCUUGGGUGAGAACUUCCUUCCCUCAGCCAGGGCAUUGAAAAUGGGUCGUGGAUGGAUAUUCCAGCAUGACAAUGACCCAAAACACACAGCCAAGGCAACAAAGGAGUGGCUUAAGAAGAAGCACAUUAAGGUCCUGGAGUGGCCUAGCCAGUCUCCAGACCUUAAUCCCAUAGAAAAUCUGUGGAGGGAGCUGAAGGUUCGAGUUGCCAAACGUCAGCCUCGAAACCUUAAUGACUUGGAGAAGAUCUGCAAAGAGGAGUGGGACAAAAUCCCUUCUGAGAUGUGUGCAAACCUGGUGGCCAACUACAAGAAACGUCUGACCUCUGUGAUUGCCAACAAGUGUUUUGCCACCAAGUACUAAGUCAUGUUUUGCAGAGGGGUCAAAUACUUAUUUCCCUCAUUAAAAUGCAAAUCAAUUUAUAAAAUUUUUGACAUGCGUUUUUCUGGAUUUUUUUGUUGUUAUUCUGUCUCUCACUGUUCAAAUAAACCUACCAUUAAAAUUAUAGACUGAUCAUGUCUUUGUCAGUGGGCAAACGUACAAAAUCAGCAGGGGAUCAAAUACUUCUUUCCCUCACUGUAUAUCCAUAGUGAUCGAUGGUAAAUGAAAUAGCAACUAAUGCUAAAAAGUCAAGAUGAAAUGACAGUAGCCUAUGCUGCGGAGAUGUUUCCCUCACCAUCUCACUAACCAUCUUGUGUAUUUUCCAGAGGAAGACAAGGACUGAAGGGAAAUCCACUGAGGGCAGACAGCGAGCAGACCCCUCAGAACUGCUGCUCUUCCAGAAGAAGAUGGAGGACAGGAUACAGCUGUUUGAGAAAGAAAAAGAGAUGGAGAGCACUGUGAUGGAGAAGGUUAGGUGGAAUUCAAUUCACGAAAACUUUAUUUGUCCCGAGGGGCUGUUAUAAAAUGGAGGAGAAGGCUUUUAUAUUGUACAUAUGCUCUUUCGUCGCAUUCACUCACUUUUUGUUCCUUUGCUCCUUUGCCACUUUCUCAAACUUACGCACAGCUGGACGAGAUGGGAAUAUAGCGGAGGCGGGUAAGGGGAUAUUCCCGGACGGACUCUGAAAGCUUUAGGGCCUUUAGAGUUUCUCGGACCCAGAUUAAGCCUACUCCUGGACUAAAAUCCACACUCUGUAGAUUAUCUCAUUGAACAUCCUUUUUAUUCCAGGAAUGGUCUUAUAAUCACAUUCAGAAAAACUGUCCCUUAGCGUUUGCUGCUAGUGUUACGAAACCUGUUAGUCAGCCUACUGAUAAACCUGCUCUUGCAAUGACUAGGGGUCCUAGGUCUGCCUAACGGGUCCAUAACCUGAUAUAAAAUGUGCGCAUUUAACACGAAAAUAAGAGUAAGCGCACAGGGUGUUAGAUGUAUGUCUCACCAGGGUCCAGGGCGAGCUUAGUUGAGUAACUGUGACCUAAUCACUUAACCUAACUCAUUUCCUACCACUUUAGCUAAACCCCUUCAUUCUCUGACGUCUCCAACAUCUUUCUCUCUCUCUAGGUCCUGGAGGAGAUGCGUAGCGAGAGGGAAUCGGAGCUCCAGAACCAGGCAGACGGCCUGGCUGUGCAGAUGGCCGCCCUCCACUACCAGAAGGCUGAGAGGAGGACCAGGGUCCUGGAGACCUCCAGAGCUCUGCUCACCGUCCAGAGCCUACUCACAGAGGAACUACGAGCCAGCAGGAGCCUGGGGGCAGCCCCCAUAGCCCAGAGCAUCCAGAACCACUGUCUGGUAGGUAGGACAUUGUGGCAUGUAGGAUGCUUUGGCAUGCACUGUAGCCUGAUUCAUACUUUAGCUGUGAAAUAUUACAUCGAUGGCUCAAUUUGAUCAAAUCUGCCUGAGCAAUUUGGUUACACACACACACACACACAUAUACACAUAUACACACAUACAGGAUACAAAAUACACUGCUCAAAAAAAUAAAGGGAACACUAAAAUAACACAUCCUAGAUCUGAAUGAAUGAAAUAAUCUUAUUAAAUACUUUUUUCUUUACAUAGUUGAAUGUGCAACAAAAAUUAUCAAUGGAAAUCAAAUUUAUCAACCAAUGGAGGUCUGGAUUUGGAGUCACCCUCAAAAUUAAAGUGGAAAACCACACUACAGGCUGAUCCAACUUUGAUGUAAUGUCCUUAAAACAAGUCAAAAUGAGGCUCAGUAGUGUGUGUGGCCUCCACGUGCCUGUAUGACCUCCCUACAACGCCUGGGCAUGCUCCUGAUGAGGUGGCGGAUGGUCUCCUGAGGGAUCUCCUCCCAGACCUGGACUAAAGCAUCCGCCAACUCCUGGACAGUCUGUGGUGCAACAUAGCGUUGGUGGAUGGAGCGAGACAUGAUGUCCCAGAUGUGCUCAAUUGGAUUCAGGUCUGGGGAACGGGCGGGCCAGUCCAUAGCAUCAAUGCCUUCCUCUUGCAGGAACUGCUGACACACUCCAGCCACAUGAGGUCUAGCAUUGUCUUGCAUUAGGAGGAACCCAGGGCCAACCGCACCAGCAUAUGGUCUCACGAGGGGUCUGAGGAUCUCAUCUCGGUACCUAAUGGCAGUCAGGCUACCUCUGGCGAGCACAUGGAGGGCUGUGCGGCCCCCCAAAGAAAUGCCACCCCACACCAUGACUGACCCACCGCCAAACCGGUCAUGCUGGAGGAUGUUGCAGGCAGCAAAACGUUCUCCACGGCGUCUCCAGACUGUCACGUCUGUCACAUGUGCUCAGUGUGAACCUGCUUUCAUCUGUGAAGAGCACAGGGCGCCAGUGGCGAAUUUGCCAAUAUUGGUGUUCUCUGGCAAAUGCCAAACGUCCUGCACGGUGUUGGGCUGUAAGCACAACCCCCACCUGUGGACGUCGGGCCCUCAUACCACCCUCAUGGAGUCUGUUUCUGACCGUUUGAGCAGACACAUGCACAUUUGUGGCCUGCUGGAGGUCAUUUUGCAGGGCCCUGGCAGUGCUCCUCCUGCUCCUCCUUGCACAAAGGCGGAGGUAGCAGUCCUGCUGCUGGGUUGUUGCCCUCCUACGGCCUCCUCCACGUCUCCUGAUGUACUGGCCUGUCUCCUGGUAGCGCCUCCAUGCUCUGGACACUACGCUGACAGACACAGCAAACCUUCUUGCCACAGCUCACAUUGAUGUGCCAUCCUGGAUGAGCUGCACUACCUGAGCCACUUGUGUGGGUUGUAGACUCCGUUUCAUGCUACCACUAGAGUGAAAGCACCGCCAGCAUUCAAAAGUGACCAAAACAUCAGCCAGGAAGCAUAGGAACUGAGAAGUGGUCUGUGGUCACCACCUGCAAAACCAGUCCUUUAUUGGGGGUGUCUUGCUAAUUGCCUAUAAUUUCCACCUGUUGUCUAUUCCAUUUGCACAACAGCAUGUGAAAUGUAUUGUCAAUCAGUGUUGCUUCCUAAGUGGACAGUUUGAUUUCACAGAAGUGUGAUUGAUGUGGAUGACAUUGUGUUGUUUAAGUGUUCCCUUUAUUUUUUUGAGCAGUGUAUAUCCUCAAUGAAUUAAGUUUUUAUGAAGACCUUGAUCCCUUUGCAUGUGACUACAGGGUUUGGAGGAAGCAGAGCUCCAGCUCCAGAGAGAGCAUGCAGAGUUGGAGAGUCUGGAGACUGGACCCUCCCAACACAGACCACCUAAAGACCCACACCACUCUGAUAAUGAAGAUGAGGAGGAAGAGGAGGAAGGGCAAGGGAGACUGUUCCAUAUAGAUCGUGACAGCCGCAUGGCCACCAUCCUUCACGAGGCCCUGUACAAGUGUGAUCAGGUCACCAGUCUGCAGACAGAGAGGUGGGCUUUAUGGAGCUAUUAUUCUGACUAAAAUAACUGUACAUAUUAUAAAUAUUCUUACACAAAUGCACCAUGACGCGUAACACAGAACAUAGCUCCAAGUGUGAACAGAAUCAUUAUUAAUAUUUUUUCUCCCAGGCUGCAAGAGGCCAACGCCAGGAGUCAGGCCAUGGAGGAUCUCAAGGAGCAGCUGGAGCUGAAGAGACUCUACACAAACUGUGACCAGGUGAUCUAGCCAUCAUAUGAUUGUGAUUCUCCAAUUGCUUUUUAGUUGUUUUUUAGUCUAGAAGUAGGCUUAAUCUGGGUCUCAGGCACUAUUUUGUUGACAGUCCAAGCCCAAGGAGCCAGUUCUUUUCCCUCCAUCCCUCUUUUUCCUCCAUCGCUCCCCAGGAUCUGGAGUUUGCGGCCAGGCUGGUGAGGCAGAGCCAGGUCUCCACUGAGGUUCUCCUAGAGGCUCUCCGUCUCCUCCUCCCAACCCUCCCCGAGUCGGAGCUGCUCUCCCUCAUCGACGCCCUCUGCCCCAAGCAACCUGUCCUUCCAGCAUCCGCAGAGCAGGAGAGCACAGUGUAAGAACUACUGAAGCUCCUUCGUCUAGCAUUAGUCUUAUUGGAAGUGGAUUGGAGUGUUUUCUUCAGAAUUGUUUAAAGGGAUACUGCGAGAUUCUGGUAUUUAGGCCAGCAUUGCUACUGUACCUGUAGACUUCCAGUCAUUGCGCUAAAACUAGUUAGCAUUGGCUCGCAAAACAUCCGCUAACUUCCUUCAAACUGCACACAGAGACAUACAAAUGGUAUCUACGAGUUCAUUUGACUCUGGGUAAGUAGAACAUGGCCAGAAUCUUGCAGUAUCCCUUUAAAGGUAGAGUCUGCAAUAUGACAUCAUAAACAUAGCAGGGCAACUUCCUGUUUACAACAGCAACAGACUUAAAAUCUGCAGCAACAGAGCUUAAAGGUAGAGUUGUCAACAUGACAUCACCAUACACACGGUGGCAUGUUCCUGCUUACAGACAUAAACAACAACAACAAAGUUCAAAUCUUCUAUUGCCAAUAUUGGCUGUUCCCAAGGGAGGGCGAAGAUUGGGAAGAGCGAAUAGUAGCAGUCUUGGCAGAUUUGAAGUCUGAGACAUAAACUCUCUGCCUGGCCAUUGAAAACUCAGGGUAAACUUUAAUCAAGUAUUGAGCAUGGUGUAUCUGACAGCUUGCACAUCUUGGGUGUCUAACGCCAAUUUCAACCCUCCACUUACAUCCAGUAAGUAAGUGAAGUCAUACAUAAGCUCACUGUUUAGCAGGCUCCAAAAUAGCAAUCCCACUAGAGAAAGAACUCUUGGUGCAGUUUGUGCCGUGCACCAGAUGUUUAGGCGUGUCUGUGAGUGACUCACACCAGCACAAUGUGUUACUUGUCAGUAAACGCUGGAUGCAGUUUGUUUCUUGUCUUAAAAGCUUAUAAGACAUAUUUAUCAUGUGUCAAUUUAAUAAUUUAAUUUGGCUCCUAUUAACUUAACUUUGAAUAUGGCCCUUCUUGCCAUUGUAACCACUGGCGUAGCACACACCCCCACAGCCCCUGCAAGUGGUCCCCCCGGAGGUCGGGCCCCCCAGAUAGCAUAUGAACACGUCAUAAGCCAUUUUUUUAUGUUUUAUUACAGGAAAUUAGCUUUCAAACUACAAGGGGGGGCCCGUGAAACUGCGUUAUGGCACUAAUUGUAAGCACAUGUCACACACAAAUAUACUACCACAAAAAGUAGAACAAAAAGGAAUUUCAAUUAGACUCCAAAGUAGAACAAAAAGGAAUUUCAAGUAGACUCCAAAGUAGAACAAAAAGGAAUUUCAAGUAGACUCCAAAGUAGAACAAAAAGGAAUUUCAAGUAGACUCCAAAGUAGAACAAAAAGGAACUACAAGAACAUUUUUCAAAAUGUCAGCAUUCAUGUAGGGAAUUAAUAGCAAGCUAAGACUUUAUCAUACAGGGGAAUGCUGGUAUUUCAGUAUUUUGACAGAACCUGCGAAAAGAUCAAAUCAAGAUGAAAUCUUCACGUUUCGUAAACAACAGGUGUAGACUAACAGUGAAAUGCUUACUUCCGAGUCCUUUUUCAAGUUACAUAAAAAUGUAAUAGUGACACGAGGAAUGAAUACACAGUGAAUAACGAAUAACAAUGACAAGUAAAAAAUAACAAAUCAAAUUUUAUUGGUAGCAUACACAUAUUUUGCAGAUGUUAUUGCAGGUGCAGCAAAAUGCUUAUGUUUCUAGCUCCAACAGUGCAUUAAUACCUAACAAUACAAAACAAUACACACAAAUCCCAAAAAAUAACAUGGCUAUAUACAGGGACUACCAGUGCCGAGUUGAUGUGCAGGGGUAUGAGGUAAUUAAGGUUGAUAUUUACAUAUAGGUAGGGUUAAAGUGACUAGGCAACAGGAUAUAUCGACAGUAGUAGCAGUGGGUAGCCAUUUGAUUAGCAAUUUAGCAGUCUUGUUUAUCAGUCUUAUGGCUUGGGGGUAGAAGCUGUUCAGGGUCCUGCUGGUUCCAGACUUGGUGCACUGGUACCGCUUGCCGUGCGGUAGCAGAGAGAACAGUCUAUGGCUUGGGUGGCUGGAGUCUUUGACAAAUUUUAGGACCUUCCUCUGGUUUACUUGGUGUGCAAAAUGUUGGUUAUAACCGCAUUCUUACAGCACUGUCGAAGUAGUGAGACUAAUCAAUGUGAUCUCUCUGAGGAGGAAAGAAUACUCAUUCAAAUCAAAUUCCAUUUUAUUUAUCACAUGAGCCGAAUACAACUGGUGUAGACUUUACAGUGAAAUGCUUGCUUACGAACCUUUCCAAAUGAUGCAGAGUAAAAAUAAAUAAAGAGUAACUAACGCAAGAGGAAUACAAUUAAAUAUACAGUUGAAGUCGGACGUUUACAUACACCAUAGCCAAAUACAUUUAAACUCUGUUUUUCACAAUUCCUGACAUUUAAUCCUAGUAAAGAUUCCCUGUCUUAGGUCAGUUAGGAUCACCACUUUAUUUUAAGAAUGUGAAAUGUCAGAAUAAUUGUAGAGAGAAUGAUUUAUUUCAGCUUUUAUUUCUUUCAUCACAUUCCCAGUGGGUCAGAAGUUGACAUACACUCAAUUAGUAUUUGGUAGCAUUGCCUUUAAAUUGUUUAACUUUGGUCAAACGUUUCGGGUAGCAUUCCACAAGCUUCCCACAAUAAGUUCGGUGAAUUGAGCCCAUUCCUCCUGACAGAGCUGGUGUAACUGAGUCAGGUUUGUAGGCCUCCUUGCUCGCACACGCUUUUUCAGUUCUGCCGUUCGUGAAUAAUUUCUUUCUAGCUAGAGAGCUAUUUUUCUUCUCCAUUCUGGCUGUUUUUUUCUCAGGUGGCCAGGGGGAGCAGGCACAUCUCUGCUGGUCAGACUGAGGGAGGAUAUGGUGGGAAGGAAUGUAUCAGCCCACAACAUGGACAAGGACAGAAACCAGUAAGUGCAAGACAAAGAGCCUCUCAGCUUUUUCCUGGGGCUUUUAUUUUAGAUGUGGAUACACUUUAUCUAAGGCCCCAAUUCAAUCAGUUCUCAUCGACUCAGAAUGUUGACAAUGUAAUGUUGAUGACAAGGACAGGUGGGUCUGUGCGAAUUUAAAAAGGUUAAUACCUAACGAUAAAGCAUAAACAUUGAUUGUGAGUCAACCUACAGUGCUGUUUUUCUUUAUCAGUGAUUGAUUUGGAGCCUAAGGGUAUGUCUACAAAGUACUAGGAAAUAACUUGGGAGAGACAAUAUUUGGCACAUAGCAACAUAGAGUAGUACAUGCAUUUUGGUCCCACUUUUUUAAAGGCCUAUAUACUGUAGAUGCUUCAGAAAUCAUAGUCAAAUAUCAUGCUCUUCAUUUUCCAGGUUCCAGGAGAAGAGACAGAGCCUGCUGGAGAGGUUUUUUCUCAAUCCCAGACCCGAGGCUCGCAGGGACGUCAUGCAAGUGUUGGUCCAGGAAAAGGGGAGGGAGGGAGUUGUUGCCACUCCCAAACCAGUCGCGACUGGAACGAGCCGAACCAUAUCCUCGGAACAGCUCCAAGACUCUGUUCUGAUUUCAGUGGGAGGAGUAGAGGUGGACAGUGAAACUGUGUUUGACUCCACUACUGCAGCAGCACCCUCCACCUCUGGCUCGGCCAACGAUGCAGUAGUCCUGGACAUCCCCACUACGGGGGAGAGGGUGUUUCUGUUCCGCGCUCUGCCGGAGCCCCAGAACACGACAGGGGCCACCAACAGGAAGAGGAAGAAGAGGAACUUCCUUAAUCUGAAGAAGGGAUCGGUGGCCCCCACAGACCAACCCUGA